ACUGUGUUUCAGCAAGACCGUCACGAGGAUGUCCUUAACAUGUGCAUCGCUCAGUUUGAGCCAGAUUCACCUGACUACAUCAGAGUUCACCAUCGAACCUACGACGACAUUGAGAAACAGGCCAAAUACGAUCUGCUCCGCUCAACCAGGCACUUUGGCGGAAUGGUAUGGUAUCUAGUAAACAGAAAGAAAACGGAUGGCUUACUAAUAGAUAUGAUCCACAGAGACUUGCUGGAUGACGCUACCAGUUUAAUUACACUGUAUCAUAUGCUUCAUCCGGAAUGUCAGUCAGCAAAAGCAGCUGAAGAAGGGAAACUUGAAGGUGUUGAUCUGAUCAAGGCGUUCGUGAAGACAGAAUCGCAGAGAGAAGGCUAUAUACAGCUGGCCCUCCAGGCUUACGAAGAAGCAAUGGCUACCUCUACAGCUUCAUGA